UCCCUUUCCAACAAGCAAAAAUGUCCGUUGAACGCCGGCCGCCGAUGGAGUUCGUGGAAGCAAUCCAUGCGCGUCUACGUGAAGAACUCGACAGUUUGAACAUUCCACUGCUGGAUUCCCUCGAGGAGCAGACGGGUGUGGACAAGGUUGUGCUCCUUGGACUGGUAUCUGUCGUACUGAGCAUGGUCCUCGUCGGCGGGGCUGGCGCCGGUAUCGUGUGCACGACUGUGAGCUUUGCCUAUCCUGGGUAUGCAUCUUUCCGCGUCCUUCAAAAGCCUGCCGUCAUUCGGGCCGGGGAGGUUCGACUGUGGCUCAUGUUUUGGAUCGUGUUUGCAUGCGUCAAGUUCGUCGAAGUGUUUGCGGACAAGGCAUUGGCGUCACGGGUCCCUUACUACCACAUCCUCAAGAUGUGCGCCAUCCUCGCGCUGUUUGUGCCAUCCACGAAGCGAGCCACGUCGUUCUACACGCGCUUCCUCGUGCCCUUCGUCAAGCCCAACGAGACCGACGUGGACAAACUCGUGCGCGAAACCCAGUUUGAAAUGGACCGCGUCGCCGCCAAGAUUUACAACACCGAUGGAUUCCAAGGCGUGCUGAAACUGUUCAAGUCUAAACCUGAAUAAACAAAACUGUUAUACUGGUGUAUCAAGACACCUUCGUUCCA